ACCUCAAUGUUCUAAUACAUUUGGAUUAUAUACAUUAGUAUAUAUAGUGAAUACAAUAAAAAGUUGAGGCCUGCUUGACCUUAAAGGUCAGAUGAUGCGAGUGUCCGCAGUGGUCGGACUGAAGCUCUGCUCGGGUUUGAGUUGCACGAGUCGCUCUUCUGCGUCCGACCAACAAUGGCAGCUCCGCUCUCAAAAGCAGCCACUUAAAUAUUCAUGAGGUAACCCACACCUGUUUCCAGGUAACCGAUGCUGAGGUCCUGAACCAUGACAGUGUGUGUGUGUGUGUGUGCCAUCAGCUCGUUCUCCAGUUCUCCACCGUUACCAGGGCUUCAGCCGGCAUUUCCUGAACAAAUCCACGGCCAUGAAGGAGCUCUAAGCUGCUGGUGGACCUUCUACACCGUUCCUGUGCAGCUUUUUGCUCAGUUUUGUCUUCAGUGAUGUGUGGACCUUUCUGUAGAUGGACCACCGGAGCUUCUGAGGAACUCUGAGACCCCCAUAUUAGAGCAGGAUCCCAUUGAUGGUGGCUUGAGGGGGCUUUCUUGUCGGACGGGCCGUUUCUCUGUUUGUCCAUUUCUGACUUUUCCAGGCCUUCAGAAGGAGCCAGCAUGAAUCCGCUGUUCAAUGCGUACAAGAGCAAGGUGAUGAAGACCCUCAACCCGGAUGCAGAGGAAGAACCUGUUGAGGAGGUGUGUGAGGUGGCAGAAGAGAUGACAACAGUCCAAUCAGAUGAAAGGCCAAGUUCUGUAACUCAACUCGCUAAAAGGAUGCAGGGCGUCGGAGCUAAAGGGUGGAAAAAUAUGACGGCUCUCUUCAACAAAGACGAUGAACACCAGCUACUGGAGGCAGAGACAGAUAAUCAGCCUGUAGCCGACCAUCCGCUGGCAGUGAGGCCUGAGGAGCCGCCACGGCCAAAGCGCGGCACAGGAUUCUGGGAUAACUUUGCCACCAAGUGGCAGCAGGCAGCUGCCAUGAAGCAGGCGGAGGCAGCAGCCGCUUCAGGGAUGGAGGCAGGCGGUGAGGCAGGAGUGGAGCCGGAGGCAGAUGGAAGGAGUUAUGAAGAUGGGAGUCAGGCAGGGAUGGAGAAUGAGGCAGAAGGAGGUGGGCGGGGCAACAGCUUCUCUAAGUACGCCUCUCUGGGCGGGGCUAACGAUGAAGCGUCCUCCUUCAAAUGGAACUUUGUCACCAGCAAACUGGCUGAGUUGAAGAGCAAAAGCGUGACCAAGACCAACUAAACCAGCGAGACCAACGACGGCGGUGGAUGAAGACUUCAGAGAUGGAAACGAAAGAGCAGAAGCACCAAACCUCAGUCCACAGAAGCCACAGUGUGAAAAUAGAGCUUUAAUUCUACACAAUUUUACACAAUUCUACACACAUUUUGCCGUUUCCAUAAACAUUGACCAUUCAAGAAGUGCCUUCAAAUUAUUGACCAACCCAACAGUCAUGCCUCCUCUCAUUAUAAAUGACAAAAAUCCAUCUCUAGAAUGUUGGUUUAACACAAUUGGCUCACCCCAUCCGCAACAGCCUCAAAACCAUUUAUAUAUAUAUAUAUAUAUAUAUAUAUAUAUAUAUAUUAUCGUUCAUGGUCAAGAUAAUGGCUUACAGCUUACUUUUGGCAGUGUUGGCAGGGCAAUGUGCCAAGUCCUGCUGGAAAAUAAAAUCCACGUCUCUAUAAAAGACUUGAUAAUAAAACACAGUGGAUCAACACCAGCAGAUGACAUGUCUCUCCAAACCAUCACUGAUCAUCAGUAAAUUUUACAUUUCAUUUGUAAAUCAAGGGAGAAAUCAGAGUCUGGAGGAAGAGUGGAGAGACACACAGUCCAAACUGCUUGAGAUCUAGUGUGAAGUUUCCACCAAUCAGUGAUGGUUUGGAGAUGUGGAUUUCAUUUUCCAGCAGUAUUUGGCACAUUGCCCUAAAUACUGCAAUGCACACAACAUUAUGGGGGACAUACCAGAGUUCAAAAGAGGACAAAUUGUUGGUGCACGUCUUGCUGGAGCAUCUGUGACCAAGACAGCAAGUCUUUGUGAUGCAUCAAGAGCCACGGUAUCCAGGGUAAUGUCAGCGUACCACCAAGAAGGACCAACCACAUCCAACAGGAUUAACUGUGGACGCUGUAAGAGGAAGCUGUCUAAAAGGGAUGUUUGGUUGCUGACCAAUUCAAUGUGCACCUCAACUCUCCUGUUUCCACCAGAACUGUCCGUUACCACAAUAAAUUAUUGUGAUCUAAAACCAGGUGUUUCAGUUUCAUUGUCCAACCCCUGUAUGUAUAUAUCCUGUAUAUAAAUGGAUAUCAGGCUAGUUUAAAAAGUGUCUGUGGCUUCUGUGGAUCUGGACUGGUUGCUGGUUCUUUGUUUAUCUCCUCUCUGGCGUCGCUGUACGGCUGCAGAACACACUCUUCAGGGAAUCAUACAUCACUCAGCCUCUGUUUCAAUGAUCACAACUCUAAUAUUCGCGCAAAUGCUGAUGGAAGAGCUCUUGAACCAAUUUGCGCCAAAGUUUGCACACUUUUAAUGACACUGACAUGCCUUACGUCAUAGGACAGGACCUAGUUACGGUCGCCUGUCUGUUCACGUGGACAAUUCUAACCAGACACCACCAGUCACAAUCAUUACCACCCACUGCACUGCAUUACUGUCCACUGUGGGUGGUAAUAUUACACUGUUAAAAGCAAAAUACUGUUCUGAAAAAAAAAAUAAGAGAGCACUUUAUAGGUUUAUGUUUGAGUAAAAUGAACAUUGCUUUUUAUUCUAUAAACUAUGGACAACAUUUCUCCCAAAUUCCAAAUAAAAAAACAAUUUUAGGCAUUUAUUUCGGAAAUUGAGAAAUGGCUGAAAUAAAUAAAAAAAGAUGCAGAGCUUUCAGACCUCAAAUAAUGCAAAGAAACCAAACAAGUUUAUAUUCAUAAAGAGUUUUAAGAGUUCAGAAAUAAUCAAUAUUUGGUGGAAUAACCCUGGUUUUAAUCACAGUUUAAAACAUGCAUCUUGGCAUCAUGUUCUCCUCCACCAGUCUUACACACCGCUUUUGGAUAACUUUAUGCUUUACACACCUGGUGCAAAAAAUCGAGCAGUUCCAGAGGUUUUUAAUUUGGUAAAAUCAAAGAAACACAUAAUUUUUAAGUGGUCUCUUAUUUUUUUUCCAGAGUUGUAUGUGCAGGUGACAGCUGUUUUAAUAGGAUAUCCCAAGAUGCAUUGCAUUCUAUGAUUUUAAACAAUUAUUUACUGUAUGAUUUUAUUUAAAAAAAAAAAAUACAGGAAUUUUGGACACGUAGACAUGUGACACCACUGUAGAUCCAUUAAUUCAUUCAUUCACAUUGACUUGCCAUGAGCACCUGGCCAGUGUUCAACCUCAUUCACAAGAUAAAACCUCACAACUUACAUACAGGUGUCCCAUGACUAUUGGCAUGUCAGUGUAGUAUGUACUUAUUAUAAAAAAUAAAAGUCCUGGUUGGAGUGGACUUUAGGAAUACUCUGUAUGUUUGCUAAUGAUGGUACUACAUUUGGGAGUUUUAGAGUUUUAGAGAGCCUAUUUUUUAUUUGAAUAAUUGAAUUAAGAGUUUAAGAGUUUAAUUAAGAGUUUAUUGUUAAUUUUCACAUAUUGAUUGAAUUUUAAAUUACGCAUUUUGUUGGCAGGAAGAGGCAGAAUCCCAUUCAUUCCUCUGUAUGUAAAGUAAUGUAAUAAUAUGAAAUUAAUAGAGCUGUUAGAGCAGGCAAGGCUAAUGUAUUUUUCUGCAGGGGGAAUAAAUCUCUGCCCCAGUUACUUCAUGCAGUGUGAUUUCAUGUUUUACAGGGAUUUUCAAGAGCCUAUUUCCUUUCUGGCCUCUUUUCUCUUCUGGUUUUAUUACAUUCAGUUGAAUUAUAUCUAUGUGUAAAAGUGAGAAAACCUCAAUUUUCCAACUAACAGAAAAACAUACACCAAACCAUGAUCCAUUUAGAGUCUUAUUUAAAGUGGGAGUGUUCUCAUGCUGGUGCCUGUUCACUAUUUGCUAUGUCUACUUUUAUUUUCUCUGUUUUGAAUGUCAUGCUUUGAAUGGGAAUUUUUGUCUUAAAUUUUAUGACAAAA